AUGUCGACGGCGGAGGCGGCGGCGGAGAUCGUGCGGGAGAUUGCGGCGGUGGGCGCCGCCGACCUGGCCGCCGCCGCCGAGCCGCUGCGCACGGACUGCCUCCGCCUCGCGCGGAAGGUGUCCCUGCUGUCGCACCUCGUAGCCGAGGUCGCCGACGCCGGGGAGGGCGAUGCGGCGGCGGCGGCGGCGUGGGUGCGCGAGCUCGUCAGGGCGCUCGAGGCUGCCAGGAGGUUCGUCACGCUCGGACGAACGCCGGCGCCGGCGCCAGCCUCGGCGGGGGCGUCAGAUCAGGACGCCAUCUGCAAGAAUACUGCUCUCCAGUUCAAAUAUGUGACCUGGCAGUUGCAAGCUGCUCUAGCAAACCUGCCACAUAGCUGUUUUCAGAUAUCAGAUGAAGUUCAAGAAGAGGUUGACUUAGUGCGAGCUCAGCUUAGAAGAGAAAUGGAAAAGAAGGGAGGCUUUGAUGUAACCAUAUUUAUAAAAGUUCAUGAUAUCUUAGCUCAAAUUGACGACACUGCAACACAAUCUCAACAACCCCAUCAACAACCAGAGCAGUCACAGAUGGAGAAAUUCAGUAAUGAUCACCUGGAGUUGCAAAAUGUUGUUUCGCUAGUUUCUGAAAUAAGCGGGUUAUCCAGAUCUGACAUGACGAAGAUAACAUCAGAGCUAAUUGAAGGACUUCAAAAUGUUGAAACUUCUGAAUCUCCAAAACCAGACAAUGUUGAUAGCCAAUCAAGUGAUGAAACAAAAAGCCCAUCCGGGGAAGUUAAGAAGCCUGACUCUGUAGCUAUUCCUGAAGAUUUCCGUUGCCCAAUAUCUCUCGAGCUGAUGAGAGAUCCAGUAAUUGUUUCAACGGGACAGACCUAUGAGCGCGCUUUCAUUCAAAGGUGGAUUGACUGUGGAAACCGGACCUGCCCAAAAACUCAGCAGAAGCUCCAGAAUCUUGCAUUGACCCCAAACUAUGUGCUUAGAAGUUUAAUAUUGCAGUGGUGCGAGGAAAAGGGGAUUGAACCACCUAGCAGAUCUAAAAGUGAUGGUUCUCCUCUUGAGGUUGGUGGCAACAGAUUAGCAAUUGAAGCAUUAGUUCGCAACCUCUCUAGCAGUUCAUUAGAUGAACGGAAAUCUGCUGCAGCCGAAAUAAGAUCUUUGGCCAAGAAAAGUACAGAUAACCGUAUACUUCUAGCAGAAUCUAGUGCUAUACCGGCUCUAGUGAAACUUCUGUCGUCGAAGGAUCUGAAAACCCAAGAACAUGCAGUUACAGCUCUUCUGAACCUCUCCAUAUAUGAUCAGAACAAGGAACUGAUAGUGGUUGCUGGCGCCAUUGUCCCAAUCAUACAAGUGCUCAGGAUGGGUAGCAUGGAAGCAAGAGAAAAUGCAGCUGCAGCUAUUUUCAGUUUGUCACUAAUCGACGAUAACAAGAUAAUGAUAGGAAGCACCCCAGGGGCAAUUGAAGCAUUGGUUGAGUUGUUGCAGAGUGGUAGCUCAAGGGGUAAAAAGGAUGCAGCAACAGCACUGUUCAAUCUUUGCAUAUACCAAGCUAACAAGGUCAGGGCUGUUCGAGCAGGGAUUCUGGUGCCACUUAUCCGGAUGCUGCAGGAUUCAUCCAGAAAUGGAGCUAUCGACGAAGCACUGACAAUCUUGUCAGUUCUUGUGAGCCAUCAUGAGUGUAAAACUGCUAUAUCCAAGGCUCACGCUAUACCCUUCUUGAUAGAUUUGCUACGGUCAGGCCAGGCCCGUAACAAGGAGAAUGCUGCUGCUAUUUUACUUGCACUUUGCAAGAAAGACGCUGAGAACCUUGCCUGUAUAGGGAGGCUGGGUGCUCAGAUACCACUAACUGAGCUGGCGAAGACCGGCACAGACCGAGCUAAGCGCAAGGCAACUUCACUCCUGGAGCAUCUCAGUAAGUUGCAGGUGUUCUAA